AAGAGGGUGGAGCAGAAAUUGGAGCUUUUCUUGAGAGAGAAAAAAACUAGAGAGAGAAAGACCGGCGAGCCUCCUCCAAAAGCGAGAGAGACCGCCUUGUUCUCCGCGGCAUUUCAUCAACCACCUUGGGAUUCUUUGAGGAUUUUGGGAUUGGGUAACCGCCGACGAUGGGCUUUUUCAUGAAGAGAUUGCAAGAGAAGUCCAUUUCUUUCAGUUAAGGGAAAGGGGGAAAUGAGGCUCAGAUGGAGCCUCUUGUGGGUUUCCUUGGUUUUUCUGCUUCUAUUCGAUCACUGCUUGUCAAUUGACGGUGAAGAAUUAUUGGACUUCCGAUCAAAGGUGGCUUUUGAUUCUCAUGAUGCCUACAAAAAUUGGAUUUACAAGGACAAUAAUCCAUGUGUUUGGUCUGGUGUUCAUUGUGCUGACGGGUUCCCUCAGCUAUACACGGAGCAAGAAGCACAGCUUGCUAUGAAUUCCCCACGUCGGAAGCUGCUUCAAGAAUCUAGUAAUCUCCCCGCUGCUCCAGUAAGCAGUUCCCCUCCUCAAGAAGCUGUAGAUGUCCCAUCUAUUGGGAGCGGAGCAUUUCCUGCAGUACCAAAUUCAGGUGGCGAGAAAUCUCCCCCAGAAGUUCCGACUACAGAAUCUCCUUCCCCAGCAAAGGAAAAUCAAGAUUCACCAAAAGAUAAAUCCGAUGGAGUAAUCAAGAUAGUAAUUAUCGCACUGUCAGUUAUUGCUAUACUUGGUAUCAUUAUUUUAGGUGUUGCUAUGUUGUGCCGGCACAAGGGUCCAGUAGCUAUAGUUGCCAGGAAUACUGGAUUAAGUGGGCAGUUGAAGAAGGCGUUUGUAGCAGGUGUACCAAAAUUAGAUCGCACAGAACUGGAAGCUGCUUGUGAGGAUUUCAGCAACAUCAUUCAUUCAUAUCCGUUCUACACAGUCUAUAAGGGAAUACUGUCCAGUGGAGUUGAGAUAGCUGUUAUCUCAACUACAGUUGCCUCUCAAGAUUGGUCAAAGCAUUCAGAGGCGCAUUUCAGAAAAAAGGUGGAUAUUCUGUCACGAGUAAAUCACAAGAAUUUUGUAAAUCUUCUCGGUUACUGUGUGGAGAAUGAGCCUUUUAUGAGGAUGAUGACAUUUGAGUAUUCCGCUAAUGGAACACUAUAUGAGCAUCUUCAUUCAAAAGAAUUUGAUCAUCUUGACUGGAGCGCUAGAAUGCGGAUUAUUAUGGGCACUGCUUAUUGUCUUCAAUACAUACAACACGAAGUCAAACCCCCCGUUGUCAUUGGUUAUCUGAAUUCUAAGGCAAUAUUUUUGACAGAUGAUUAUGCUGCCAAGGUUUGUGAGCUUCAUAUGUGGUCAGAAAUUGCUGAAAGAAAAACUAAAUCUCCAGAUGAAGAUAAAGAUCCUUAUGAACCCUCAAGUGCUGAUCCUGGUAGCAACAUUUAUAGUUUUGGGAUAAUGAUGUUGGAAAUUAUUUCUGGAAAAGUUCCAGAGUCAGAAGAAGAAGGUUCUAUCCUAAAUUGGGCUACUGAAUAUCUAAAUGACAGGAGUAACUUCAAAAAAUUGGUUGAUCCCGCAUUGAAAACCUCCAACAACGAUGUGUUAGAAUUAGUGUGUGAGGUAGUACAAGAAUGCAUUCAUGGGGAUCCAAAAGAUAGACCGAAUAUUAAAGAAAUUACCAGUAAACUGAAAGAGGCGACUGGAAUAUCGCCUGAAGCAGCACAACCUAGGCAUUCUCCUCUUUGGUGGGCAGAGCUAGAGAUCCUCUCAGUGGAAGCAAGUUAACAUAGUGUAAAUUUGUUAUACCCACUUCAUUCAUUUUGUAGUUACUCAACAUUCUUGUGAAGUCAUUGAUUAGAUUGGAAUGAGUCUCUCUCCCCCCUUCUAUA